AUGGAGCUUGGUAUGCACGAGUACCCUCCACUCGCACAAGUGGAGCUUUGUGAGCACAAGCAACCUUCGCUUGUGCACGAAACUCCAUUCAUGCAACUGGAAGGUCGCACUAUCAUUCUCUCCACCCACCACAUGGAUGAGGCAGAUAUCCUUGGGGACCGAAUUGCCAUCAUAUCUAAUGGCAAACUUUGUUGUGUUGGCUCUUCAUUAUUCCUGAAGAACCAGUUGGGCACAGGAUACUACCUGACCUUAGUCAAGAAGGAUGUGGAUUCCUCACUCAGCUCCUGUAGAAACAGCAGCAGCACAAUAUCUUACUUGAAAAAGGAUGACAGUGUUUCGCAGAGUAGUUCUGAUGCAGGCCUUGGGAGUGAUCAUGAAAGUGACACCCCAACAAUAGAUGUAUCUGCAAUUUCUAAUCUGAUUAUGAAGCACGUCCCAGAAGCAAAGCUGGUGGAGGACAUUGGCCACGAGUUAAGUUAUGUUUUGCCCUAUGAAGCUGCCCGAGAAGGAGCUUUUGUGGAGCUGUUUCAUGAAAUUGAUGACCGCCUCUCUGACCUGGGUAUUUCCAGCUAUGGCAUUUCUGAGACUACCUUGGAAGAGAUUUUUCUCAAGGUGGCAGAUGAUAACGGUGUGGAUGCAGAGACUUCAGACGGCACAUUGCCCGCUAAAAGAAACCGAGUCUUUGGAGACCGACAAAGCUGCCUUCACCCAUUCACAGAGGACGAUGCUUUUGAUCCCAACGAUUCUGACAUAGAUCCAGAAUCUCGGGAAACUGACCUUCUGAGUGGGAUGGAUGGCAAAGGAUCCAGUCAGAUGAAGGGCUGGAAGCUGGCCCAGCAACAGUUUGUAGCUCUGCUUUGGAAGAGGCUGCUUAUUGCCAAGCGCAGCAGAAAGGGCAUUUUUUCCCAGAUUGUCCUCCCUGCCAUCUUCGUUUGCAUUGCUCUUGUGUUCAGUCUGAUUGUUCCUCCCUUUGGAAAAUAUCCCAGCCUAGAAUUGCACCCUUGGAUGUAUGAUGAGCAGUACACAUUUAUCAGCAAUGAUGCCCCAAAAGACGCCACAACUCAAAAGCUUUUGAGCGCUCUUCUCAGCAAACCUGGUUUCGGGACCCGUUGCAUGGAAGGAUACUCCAUUCCAGGGUUUCCUUGUUCUGCGGGAAAAGAAGAGUGGAGCCAAGAUCCAGUACCUGAGAAUCUCAAGGAAAUCUUCCAGAAAGGCAAUUGGACAAUGAAGAAUCCUUCCCCAUUGUGCAUCUGUAGCAAUAGCAAUAUCAAGAAAGUGCUUCCAGUGUGUCCUGCUGGGGCUGGUGGUCUACCUCCUCCGCAGAGAAUCCAGGAGACCACCGAUAUUCUGCAGAAUCUGACGGGGCGCAACAUCUCUGACUAUUUGGUGAAGACUUAUGCACAGAUCAUUGGAAAAAGUUUGAAGAGUAAGCAUUGGGUCAAUGAGUUCAGAUGGAGAAGAGACAUUGUUGUUGAGGCAAAGUUGAGAAUUGAAACUGCAAAAAAGGUCACUCACGCCCUCGUUACCUCAAGACUGGACUACUGUAAUGCGCUCUACAUGGGGGGAAGUGCUGCCGAACGGUUUCUGAACAGCUUCCGGAACUUCAUGAAAGGCUUGGACACAAGUAAAAAUAUUAAGGUGUGGUUCAACAACAAAGGCUGGCAUGCUGUCGGCGCUUUUAUCAAUGUGAUCAACAAUGCCAUUCUCCGUGCCAACCUACAAGAUGGAGAGAAUCCAAGCAAUUAUGGCAUAACGGUCUUCAAUCACCCACUGAACCUCACCAAGCAGCAGCUCUCUGAAGUUGCCCUGAUGACUACUUCGGUGGAUGUUUUGGUCUCCAUUUGUGUCAUCUUCGCCAUGUCCUUUGUUCCAGCCAGCUUUGUGGUUUUCUUAAUCCAGGAGCGUGUCAGCAAAGCCAAGCAUCUCCAGUUCAUAUGUGGUGUGAAACCAGUGAUCUACUGGGCGGCCAAUUUUGUAUGGGAUAUGUGCAACUACAUCAUUCCAGCAACUUUGGUUGUCAUCAUCUUUAUCUGCUUCCAGCAGAAAUCCUAUGUAUCCUCAACCAACCUCCCAGUGUUAGCACUUCUACUUUUGCUCUAUGGGUGGUCCAUAACUCCUCUCAUGUACCCAGCAUCUUUUAUAUUCAAGAUUCCUAGCACAGCAUACGUGGUGCUGACCAGCGUCAACCUCUUCAUUGGCAUCAAUGCAAGCGUAAUCACUUUCGUCCUUGAACUAUUCACCAGCUCUAAAUUCAACAACAUCAAUGACAUCCUUAAGUCCGUGUUCCUCAUCUUUCCACACUUCUGCUUGGGGCGGGGCCUAAUCGACAUGGUGAAAAACCAAGCAAUGGCAGAUGCCCUCGAAAGGUUUGGUGAGAAUCGCUUUGUCUCCCCUCUCUCCUGGAACCUAGUUGGGAGGAACCUUUUUGCCAUGGCUAUAGAAGGAGUUGUGUUCUUCCUCAUCACGGUGUUGAUCCAAUACAGAUUCUUUAUCAAGUCAAGGCCUAUCAGUGCAAAGCUUCCACCUGUAAACGAAGAGGAUGAGGAUGUGAUUAGAGAAAGGCAGAGGAUCAUCGGUGGUGGUGGACAGAGUGACAUCUUAGAAAUCAAAGAAUUAACCAAGAGGUACAGAAUGAAACAGAAACCUGCUGUGGAUAGGAUCUGUGUUGGAAUCCCUCCUGGAGAGUGCUUUGGCCUCUUGGGCGUGAAUGGCGCAGGGAAAUCUUCCACUUUCAAGAUGUUGACUGGAGACACUGAUGUUACAGGAGGAGAUGCUUUUCUGAAGGGAAACAGUAUUUUGUCUAACAUCGAAGAAGUCCAUCAGAACAUGGGCUACUGUCCUCAGUUUGAUGCCAUUCAGGAAUUGCUGACUGGGCGAGAACACCUGGAAUUCUUUGCGCUCUUAAGGGGAGUUCCUGAGAAAGAAGUCUGCAAGGUUGGUGAAUGGGCUGUCCGUAAACUAGGCCUUGUAAAAUAUGCUGAAAAAUAUGCCGGCACCUACAGUGGUGGGAACAAGCGCAAGUUGUCUACUGCAAUGGCUCUAAUCGGGGGGCCUCCUGUGGUCUUCCUGGAUGAGCCAACUACAGGAAUGGAUCCCAAGGCCCGCCGCUUCCUUUGGAACUGUGCCUUGAGCAUCAUCAAAGAGGGAAGGUCCGUGGUCCUUACAUCUCACAGCAUGGAAGAAUGUGAGGCCCUCUGCACUCGAAUGGCAAUCAUGGUGAAUGGACGGUUCAGGUGCCUUGGCAGUGUCCAACACUUGAAGAACAGGUUUGGAGAUGGCUACACAAUAAUUGUACGAAUAGCAGGGGCAAAUCCUGACUUAACGCCUGUUGAGAACUUCUUCAAGCUGGCUUUUCCAGGAAGCGUGCUGAAGGAGAAGCAUCGCAACAUGCUGCAAUAUCAGCUCCCAUCCUCUCCAUCCUCUCUGGCUAGGAUAUUUAGUAUCCUCUCCCAGAACAAAAAGAGAUUCCACAUAGAAGACUACUCCGUUUCCCAGACCACACUUGACCAAGUAUUUGUAAACUUCGCCAAGGACCAAAGUGAUGAUGACCACAUGAAAGACUUGUCGUUGCACAAAAACCAGACUGUGGUAGAUGUAGCUAAUUUGACUUCCUUUUUGCAAGAUGAAAAGGUGAAGGAAAGCUGCGUAUGAAUAACCUUCCUCAGAAGGACGCAAUGGUCGCACUGAGCAGAAGGGGGAAAGGUUCAUCCUUUCUGUAUUAUAGAUGGGAUCUUCCCAAGUGGAAACAGAUCGAGGCCGAGGAGAUGGAGAUGGAAAUUAUAAAUGGGACAUUGUACUGGUUAAUCUUUCAAUGCAAUGCAAUUCAAUGCAAACAAAACAAUAUUCCACUACAGAGGCAGGCCUCUGGGAGAUGUUGCCUUGUUGUACUGUUCUCUAGUGAAAGACUUGAAUUUAGCUAUUCUUACAUUAUAAUUCUGUGAAACUCUAAUAUGGUGCCACUUGCUGCUACGUUGUCUUCUGCCAUACUCCCAGUUGUUUCUACUUAGUAUGUUUUGUGUUAAGAAUUACGUAACAACAGUUCAGAGAUUUGUGGCCAGUGAUUUAUUUAUUCACCAUGCUAACAGCCCCCUCCGCACAGGGAAAGGAACUGCUUGGGCACAACAUCAUUGCUGGCAAUGAAUGCAUCAACAGAAUCAGUGUCCAGCAGUCACAUCCAGUGCAAUAUUGUGGCCUUAUUUUAGUAUUAGCUAUUGGCCUGGUUGACCCAUACAUGCUUGAGGGGACUGGUAUGACAACCAUUAGGGCUCUUAGUAGUGGGCCAUGAAGCACACCGUCAAAAUAGGCUACUCUGAAUUCAAUGUUUCUUAAUGGCUUGUAGGAGAAUCAACUAUUAACAUCAAAGCAUCUGAGACAAUUUCUGUCCUAAUGGUAUGGUGACCAAUUGCUUGGUUUCCCCCCUUUGCUUUUGUUGUGGAACUGUUGCUGUUUUUAUAUUUCUUUACUUAAGCUUGACAUGUCUGUUUUCUUGUAAAAGUACUUUCUGUAGGAGACACUCAGCAAUCUCUGAAGAACUCUCUAUUAUCACCCAUACUAGGGUAUCUGUUUUCCUGCCUACCACAAAAUAUCUAAAUGCAUAUAGCAUUAUUUCCAUCAAUGUUGAAAAUCUUCAGUUAUAUCGUCACCUCUGUCCUGGUUUUCAUAUAAUUUUAAAUCACAAAAAUGGUGAUCUCCUACUUUGCGUUGGGUUGAGGUUGGAGAAAACUUUCCAGAAUAAAACAGCUGGGGCUCUUGAAGUCUUGAGUUUCCAUAGUCCUUCCAUUUCUCUUACUCCAUGGCUUUUAUGUGGCACAUACACUGACCUCCUACUCCAGAUAUGGAUUGAAGGUAGGUAUUAAAAGUUGGAUAUGUGGAUGGUAAGCAACUAAUAUAUAAUUAAAAAAAUAUGAUCCAUUUUUUAAACAAUUGCUUAUUUGGAAAUUUAUAUGGAAGCUUUUUUUUCCAAUCAGCCCAGAUAGUAUCUUUAAAUAAAAAACUAGGCAAAGCAAAAUUGGUACAAACAUUUUUUUGUAGUACUGGAUAACAAACCAACACGUGCUCAUUACGGCUGGCAUAUACUAAUAUUUCAGACAUGUCCCAAGGCAAGUAAAAUUCUGAAAUGAUUAGUUGCACUAAGUCCUUUUGAAGUCAGCAGGACAUCAGUCUGAGUCCUGUGUACUUUUUUUGCACCCAACUUUCAAUGACCUGCAAUUUAGUCGUCCCCCCGUCUUUCUCCAUAUUAGUAGCUAUUUUUUCUACAAAUAUAAAUACUCUAUUUUAGUAUAGUUUUAAAACACAUUUGCUAAUUUAACACAAUUCAAACGAAGGUAAGCAUUAACUGUACAAUCCCUUGACACAACAGUAACCCAAAAUAACUGGCUUAGAGUUAAAUGACAGCUGUGUAAAUUUCCAAUAUAAGGCUGAAAUCCUAUGCAGGGUAACUUGGCAGUUAGCUCUACUGAUCACAGUGGGACUUCAGUACAGGAGUAAUCACAUAUUCCCCUUGCUUUCAAAUCCUUACUGAUCUGUUUCAUGAGAAAUAAUGAUUUCUAGAAGUACUUCUUGCUAAGAAUGGAGAUCCAGGCUAGGUUUGCUCCACAAUAAAUACUGGUAAAUCACUGCAUAGAAAUUUUCCUUAGUAUCAGAUAAGUUAGCCAAAAUUAUACUACUUUAGGGGUGUCAAACUCAAUUUCAUUGAGGGCUGCAUCAGGGUUGUGUUUGUCCUCGGGGGGCCUGCUUAGGUGUGGCCAGUUCGAUGUCAUGCAGCCCACAUGCGGCCCUCCUGGGCUUCAUUUUUUGGCUGCAACAACCUCCUGCAGCUCUCUGCCAGUGAAAACGGAGCCCAGGAGAGCCGCACACAGCCCUCCCAAGCUCCAUUUUCGCUGGAAGAGGCACCGCAAGCCAGUCCAUCGCUGUUUCCAGGGUGGUCCUGUGGGCCAGAUCUAAGCAUCCCCUAGGCUGGAUCCAGCCCGCAGGCCUUGAAUUUGACAUCCAUGUCCUAAUUGCUCUCUGUGGUAUGAUAUAAAACCACUGGUCAAGGAACUGAGCAAGAAUAUUUACUUCAUGUUAUGUGAUUAAAAUUGCUGUUAUCCUUCUGCAGUAUUUGUGAUACUGUAUAGUUUCAUAUGAAUAUAUUUCUUACAGAAGUUAAUACGUAUAGUAAGUCCCUGCUUUCCUCCCAGUUUUGUUCCAAUCCCCUCCCUUCUCUAAUCUGAUUGAUCCUUCAUUCCAAGCACUUUAUGCUGGCUGUAAUGGGAUCUAUUUUUGCACUGGAAUAUCUUAUAAACUUUGCAAAACAAUAGUUUCACAUAUACGCAAAAACAAUCUUUUAAGUUAAAAAUCUUUCAAUGGACAUUUUCAUGGAAAAACAAAUAUAUAUUUGUAUUGCUAAUAACUAUUUGUGAAAUAUUAAUAGGCAUCUGUUAAUUGCCUUGUACCAAGUAAAGAAUAAAAGUGUUGCUGGUCUACAAUCA